AUGAGACAUUUGGAACAAGUAGUUCCAGAAAUAAGGGAAGAGUUGCAAGAAAUUGGAUAUGAAAAAUGGGCUCGUGCAUUUUCAACUAAGAAUCGUCAUGGUUUAAUGACAACAAAUAUAUCAGAAAGCAUCAACUCCACUUUUAGUGAAGCUCGUGAGCUACCAGUUAUCUGUCUUCUUCAGAAUAUAAGAGACUUGAUGCAGAGAUGGUUUUAUGAGCGUAGAUCUUUCUAUAGCUAUCAACAAAUAGACAUUACACCCUGGACUGCUAAUGCUCUACGAUCAUCCUUAAAAGAAAGCCGCACGAUGGAUAUAUACCCCGUGGACCAGUACCUUUAUGAUGUCCACAACGACGAUAGACAUUUCAAUGUAAAUAUUCUCCAUUGUACUUGCAAUUUCAAACAAUGGGACAUAGACUUCAUUCCAUGUUCACAUGCAUGUCUUGCCAUAAGCCGUAGAGGAUUAGAGUUACACUCGUUUGUGCACAAAUUCUACCAUGUUAAAACAUUACAACUGUUAUAUUCAUGGAACGUACACCCUAUUGGUCAGAUUGAAAACAUACUUCCACCAGUUCAACCAGACGAUACAGGGAUUCUUCCUCCUAAUGUUAAACGAUCAGCUGGUAGACCACGCAAAAAAAGACUUAUUAGUCGUGUUGAAGCUACUAACACAGUAAGAUGUGGCAGAUGUCAUAAACUAGGUCAUAAUCGCAGACGUUGCAAAAACCCACCUGCAACUUGA